UACGUGAGCCACCGCUCCACGACGACCGCGACGCAUGUACGCACGCAUGUGCGCCUUCCUCUGUCUAACUUUCGCUAUGUACAUGUGGAUAGAGGUGGCUGUGAGCGUGAGAUGGUUUCGCGGGUAACGGCGAGCGCGCCCUCGCCCUCUCAAGCCCUUAACCUUCGACCGUGGCUGUUUGUUUCGAGGCCACGAUACCGUUCUGCCUUGGCCCGAUACGCUUCUCCAUCGGCAACGACCCCGCCCUGCCGCCAGACCUCAUCGAGAUUACGUACGACGUGACACUAUCUUUCGGAUGCUGCUUCAGUUCGUUAGCCCGCGGUUUUGCAUGCGAUUUUAUUUUUGUGUGCCGAUUAAAACAGCAGGUGUGCGACGCGCCAGCGUUUUUACGCUUUUGGGUAGAAGGACGGAGUUUUCCGAUUUUUCGCUGUUUGAGAGAUCGACCUUCAGGCUUGGUGGAAGGAACAAUUUGGUACGUUGCGGUUUUACUUAGUGUCGCCGCAGGGAUUCGAUGUUUUCUUGGACACAUCGUUCGGAUUUUUCAACGGGACAACGGGCGCAUGUUCUACUUUAAAUUCGGACAGCGUAACACGAUAACAGUUUUUGCCGAAUCUAACAGCCAACUGGUAUACAAUGUUUUGAAGCAGGAGGAAUCAAGCCGCGCGUUGUAUCUCAUUUUGUAUUCCUUUGCUACGCCUCUCGUUUUCCUGUUCACCGUGUACAAUGGCAAGGGGUUGAUUAAUCGUUCGCGGUUGUAUUUACUGCUUUCGCGAGGAAAAAUUCACUGUCCCUCGUAAUCCACCUUUCACGGUUUUCAUAUCCCUUUAACGCAAAAUCGAAUUAUUUUUAAUUGUAACACUUUUGAAAUAUACGAGCGAAAAUGUUCUUCAACCUUUGUUACUACGCUGCGAAUAUUUAUGGAAAAUUUGUAAGCGUAAAAACUUACGCAGAGUAAAUAAUAACAUGCGAUAAUAUAAAAUAAUAUUUCUCCAUAUAAAUUCCAUCGUUUCAGCUUUGUCCAUAAAACUAUGCACGAGAGGGAACCUCAACUCCAAUGACCUUGACCUGCAAAAUCCUGAGUAACACGCACUCUGUUCGAGGCCUGGGGUGAUCGUGGUUGAAAAGUUAGGUUAGGUUAAAUCCUUCAGGAUGUACGAUCAUGGAACCUAAUCCGAUCUAACCAUACCUUACCACUGUUAUCAUCGCAAUUUUACGCACGUGCAUAUGCAAUUUCGUUUUCAACUACGUAUAUUGUGGUACGCGUAAUCUGACAAGUAACAUUUAUGACUUUAUGACUUAUCGUCGUAAUUUCUCAAUCGCGAUCGUUCCACGACUCGGACAAAGUCUACGUUGUUCAAAGACUCUGCCAUCUAUAAAAUAUCCGGAAUUCGAGAAAAUUGCAAUAAACGCCUCCUUUUGCGUGCGAUCACCAGAUAUGAAAUUGUAUGCAAAUCCGCGGUGUACGCUGAACCUGGGCAAGAAUCGACGUCUCAUCACGAUCUCGAUCGCCAGUAUCAUCCAAUUGAAAGUGACGGCGUUCCUCUGUCAUGGCCGCGACUCUCCGGUGUGCCGGGGCUCGCAUCGCUAACCAUAACGAAUACAGAGCGGAGGACGAAGAAGAGGAAGGUAUCGCGGAACGCGGUGGAAAGGUCGGGGCACAUGGUGGCCAGCGACGCGGGGAUCGCGUGGCUCGUCCGCGAGGCGAUGGACAGCCGCGGAAGGAUCAAGCUUAGGAAGCUGUCACGCAGCCGAAUGUCGCGGGCCGCCGUUUCCGCUACCAAGCUGAAGCAGUGCGUCAGAAAGCAGCCGACUAAAAUAAGGAAAUGCAUGUGCCUGCCAUCCAAUUACGCUCUCGUUGAAUUCCCCGUAGUCUGGUCCGAGCUUAGAGCAAACCAGCAAUUAUGCGACGGUGCAAUACGAUGUGCCACGGGCCACAUUUUCCCAGUGCAUCGCGCCAUUUUAUCCGCAGUCAGUCCUUACUUCAAGGCGCUUUUCACCAACAGCCUAAAAGGCGGGAAAACAGAGACGACGGAAGUCGUGAUCGAUUCGGUUCCUGGAAAAAUAUUUAGUCUGAUCCUUGAUUAUGCUUACACCGGUACGUGCAACGUAAAUGCUGACAAUGUCGAGCAGCUUUUGCCACUGGCUGACCAGUUCGAGGUCCUCGGCGUUGUUCAAAUCUGCUGUCAGUUUCUUUUACAAGAACUUCGACCGGAAAAUUGUCUGGGCAUCUUCAAAUUCGCUCGCCACUAUUUCUGCCGCGACCUGGAAGAGAAGGGCCGGAAAUAUAUUCGCCAUCACUUUAAGCGGAUACUGCAGGAGAGCCCGGAAUUCAAAGAGCUGACGAGCAAAGAACUCGAGGCGAUUCUACGCGACGACGAAUUGAACGUUAAAAACGAAGAAAUAGUUUUCGAGGCCGUUAAAACCUGGAUCGAGCAUAACGUCGAUGAAAGGAGGCCCUAUUUGCCUAGGCUCUUGAAAUGUAUGCGCUACGGUUUGAUGAGCUACAACUUCUUUACGAACAAUGUUCUCACAUGGAAGAUCAUCGAGGAGGACGAGUCCUGCCAACAAGUGUUAGCUCCCGCUAAUCAGUACCUGAAAGAACAAGAAGCGAAACUAGGUAGUGGCGAAAUCGAUUUAAAGAAUCCCCUGGCCAAGCCCCGUAUUCCCUAUGAAAUCUUGUUCGCGAUCGGCGGAUGGAGCGCCGGUUCCCCAACAAAUUUCGUAGAAACCUACGACACGAGAGCUGACAGAUGGUUUCUAUCAGUGAGCACGGACGCCACACCGAGGUCCUAUCACGGCCUGUGUACAUUGAACAAUUUGAUCUACAUGAUCGGCGGGUUCGACGGUAAUCAGCACUUCAACACGGUCAGAUGCUUCGAUCCAGUAACGAGGGAGUGGCGUGAACGAGCCUGCAUGUAUCACGCGAGGUGUUAUGUCAGCGUUUGCACUCAUGGUGGAAAGAUAUAUGCUCUCGGUGGUUACAAUGGCCGCACCAGAAUGAGCUCAGGGGAAAGAUACGAACCGCAAAGGAAUCAAUGGGAAAUGAUACCACCGAUGCAUCGACAGAGAUCGGACGCGAGCGCAGCAGCCUUACAGAACAAGAUCUACAUCGUAGGCGGUUUCAGUGGUCGCGAAGUUCUGAAUUCCGCGGAAGUGUUCGACGUCGAGACUAAUCAAUGGAGUUACAUCCAUCCGAUGAUCAAUCCGCGAUCGGGCGUGUCUUUGGUCGCGUUUCGUGACAGCCUUUAUGCCUUGGGUGGCUUCAACGGUUUCAUUAGACUUAGCUCUGGGGAGCGUUACAAUCCGAAUCAUUCGGAGGAUUGGCACGCGGUUCCAGAGAUGUUCAGCCCCCGCAGUAAUUUCGCCACGGUCAUCCUGGACGACAUGAUAUUCGUCGUCGGUGGUUUCAAUGGUUCCACGACGAUUGCAUACGCGGAAUGUUACGACGGAGACAGCAACGAAUGGUAUGACGCGUCGCCGAUGAAUUUGAAUCGAAGUGCCUUGAGUGCGUGCGUUAUCGCUGGCCUUGACAAUGCGCGCGAGUACUCGUAUCAUGGCAAAGCGCGAGAUCUUGGUCAAGGUCAAGCCUCGUCGGAAAACCAACAAAAAACUAUCCAGGGCGGAGAGGGUGCUGUAGAAACGAACGCAGACAUCCCCACCGAAGAGGAGGAAACAGCAAACUUCGAUGAACACGUUCAAAGGGAUGUCAGCCCUAUGAACGAGAUGGCUGAAAGUGUCGGCAAUUAUCUAGGAUAAUUCAAAGAACACUAUACACCAAAUUAGAUUUUCUAAAGUUUAAAAACGUGAAAAAAGAGAUACUUCGUUUGGGGAAUGUUUGUUACACGAAUACGUGAGAUUUUUGUCGCACCAUCUUGUUGCAAACGAUAUGGAGAAAAUCGUGCAAAAAUGACAAAUUAUGCACGGUAUAUCACAAAAUAGAUUAAUAAAUGACAUUUUUUUACAUUCUAUCAAAAUAUAAAGAAAUAAGAAUGUAAAUGCAUGGUGGUACAAGAUUCUCAAUUAUUUGUGAA